AAGUUAGAAUUAGUCUUUUGCACCAACGAUUGUGCUUGUCGUUAGGUGGCUGCAAAGUGUGCAUUAUAUAAACUAUUGGAGAUUUUGAAGCCCUUCCCUCUUGUGUAUUGGAGCAGUGCCGUUCCUGAUUGGAAGUUUGGAAAUAAUAAUGACUUUCAUUUUCUGCUCAGUCAAGUGUUCAGUUUAGAGACAACAGGUCCGGUUACAGUCGCUAGUCUAGCUGUCUGUAUUCAUCAUAAGCUCAAUCUUCAAAAACCGAUAUGUACAGCUGCAUUGGCCUAGCUGUCGUUCUGCUGUUAGGCUGUGGAGUUCUACAGUCUGAUGCAACAGUAGCAGAAGUUUUAGAUGAGAACAAUAAGACAUGCAUCUACGCUGAAAUGAUGGUGAAUUUCACAGUUCAAUAUGAGACCAGCAAUUCAACACCUAGCACUGCAGAAUUUGUCCUGCCAACAAAUGUAACAACAGCAGGAAGCAUCUGUGGCAAUGAGACAGUCGCCCCUUUUUUAAAAAUCAGUUUUGGGAAUGGCCACUACUGGAGCAUUAACUUCACACAUAGCAAUACUUCGUACCAUGGAGAUGUAUUUAUCUUUGGCUAUAAUGUCAGUGACAGCACCAUCUUUCAUAAUGCCUCUCAAAAAGGUGUUAUCAAGGUUGUGGCCAAUGACACAAUGCCACCUGUGCCCAUGGAUCACUACUACAGAUGUAUGAGUGAUGACGUUUUUAAGCAAGGCAAUGUCACCCAGACCUUUUGGAAUGUCAGUAUUCAAGCGUACAUUAAAGAUGGAAAUCGAAGUAAAGAUGCCACUGUGUGUAGUGCUGAUACCCCGACGACUGUAGCUCCAGUGACUAAUAUAACGACUGUAGCUCCGGUGACUAAUAUAACGACUGUAGCUCCAGUGACUAAUAUAACGACUGUAGCUCCCACUGCUACUCCUAAGCCAACUCCAACCCCCAAACCAGAUAAGGAAACAUACAAGGUUUCCAGGGGCAAUGAGACAUGCCUGAUUAUCACCAUGGGACUGCAGCUCAACUACAGCACCACUGCUCAGGCGCCGUGGAAAGUGAAGAACAUUGAACCCAAUGUAACCACUGCGUCGGGAGCCUGUGGGGGCAACACCUCUACCAUAAUACUGAAUGAGAGAGACACCGUUUAUCUUGUUUUCUCCUUCGUUACACGCAGUUCAAAGACAUUCUAUCUUAAAGGAGUGAAUGUAACCACAGUGGUCAAUGGCUCUGCACAACAACUUGGAAUUAACAACAAUCUAAGUUACUGGGAGGCAACCCUGGGCAGCUCCUACAUGUGCAACAAGGACCAGGUGUUCAAGGUUACCGACAAGCUCUACAUCAACACUUAUGAUCUGAGGGUGCAGCCUUUCAACGUGACCAACGGAAAAUAUUCUACAGCCCAUGAGUGCUCACUGGACGACAGCAGCCUUCUGAUUCCAAUCAUUGUUGGCGCUUCCCUGGCAGGCUUGAUUGUCAUUGUUGUGAUUGCUUAUGUGAUUGGUAGAAGAAAGACCUACGUCAGAUAUCAAACCCUUUAAAGUGAUCAAAAUCAUGAAGCAAACUAAUAACCCCAAUGGUUUCAUUCUGCAAUCUCAGAAAAUCACUUUUUUUUUUUUCACUCCAUGGAGCAAGUGCAGGUUCUGUUUUUGUAAUCGACCAGUCUGAGCCAAACUCUCUUCAGACAUUUUCCAAGGCCUGUGAAACAGCUGUCUACCAAAACUACAGGAGUGUCCUGCCACAAGGGAAAUGUGUGCACAUUGCUCUAAUGCUUUGCACAGAUGCUGUUUUUGUCUGAUUUGCAUCAUGGGUAUGCUGUACUAGGAUCCCCAGCUGUUUACCAGUAGCUACUGAGAUGGUAUAUUGGGCAUUAUAAGGGAGAAAACAAUGACUGCUCUCCCAUUCCAAAUCGUGACUGUUCUGGGAUUUAACCAAGAUUAGGACUCAUCAGACAGCUAUCUGGCCAGAUCUUUGAUUUGUAUUAUGGAAAUGUGCAGAACAGUUGAUCAGCUGCAAUCAUUAAAAUGUAUUAAUCUCCUCUUAUGAUCUUAAGCAGAGUGUUAAAUUGUACCCCAAGCUGGCACUUCUGAUCUGCUUUGUGAAGUUUUUUAUUGACUUGAUUUAACCGCUUAUAACCAACAACGUUUUUAACAAUAUGCGAGAUACAUUGAACCUGCACUUGUCUCCUGUAUAGUUAGCCCUUUGUUUUAAUUUCUUUAAUUCAUCCAUGUACAUCUGUAACUCAGCCUUUAUUUUGUAGCAUCCCUACACUUAAAUUUGGAAGUUGUACAUGUGUUUUUUUUUUAUUUUUUUUAUUUUAUUGCACUAUAUACUGUAAUACAAAAACGAUAUAAAGGGUGUCUGCCACUGUAUCCAGGCUGCAAAGAUAUAAUUUAGACAAAAGAAACAGUGAAUUGGCUAUGUCUGGAUUUAGCUUAGCCUCCUGAAUAUGGGAGAGCAGAGUACUGCAGAGGAGGAUACUUGGCUACAAAAGCACUCCUUUGCAAUUGUAGGGCAUUGUUCAUUGUCUUCCUACUGUCAUGUGCACAGUGAAGCUGGCUUAACUUUAAGCUUACCAAAUUCCUAAUGGUGUAUUUUUUAGUGUUAAAAUAUAUGACCAGACUAGAAGUCAUUGUCUUCUUUUGAUGUAACAAUGACAACAAAAAUAGAAUAAAAAUAAUAGAAACCUGUGUAGCCAGUGUUCAGAUCUAGAUUUCCAUGCAGCACUGCAGCUGCACUCCAUAAACAGAGAGAGGUUGCAAUAUUUCUAAAUUGUACAAAGUAACUUGCAUGCCCUAUUUCCCCACUGUUUAAGGAAAUAGAAAACGUACAAGGUCCUUAAUUGCUAGGCAAGGUCGUAACGGUUUUGUUACAGGAGUUGCUGUGUUCACUUUAUUGCAGCCAGCUCUUGGUGAACCUGUUUCAGUACUGUAAGAAUCUUCAAUUAAGCUGUGCAGGGAUCCUUGUGGAUGCUUAUUUUCCGUUCUGUGUUUUAACACUUUAGUAUUUUUACAACUGUAAGAUUUGGAGGGUAAAGUAAAUGUGGCAACUGCUGCUGACUUUCUAUAUCACAGUGCAGAAAUUCUGUCCCUGUUUAAACAGCUGUCAUUUAUCAGCUGUCAUAAGAUACUGCUGUUCUGUUUUGACAUGUAUUGCCCUUUUUGUGAAAGGCUAUAUAAAACAAGAAAGGUUAUACAUGUAUUUGACUGCAUGUCCUCGCAAAUAUCUAAGCUAAGCUAAUCUGUUGCUGUUGCAAUGCAAGUCUAAUCUGUGCUGUGUGUAAAGCCCAUGUUCCUGUGGUAACCGAGCAGAACGGGGAGAGCAGUUGCUUUGCCACUCUUUUCAUCACUUUGUUGAAUACAAGAAAGGCUGCAGCCUUUGAAUACAAAAGUGCUCCUCUUCUCCAGUGCAUACGAAUCUUGAGAGUGGUGGUUGUAAAAGUGUUUGGCAAGUGUUUACUGUUUAUAGGAAAGGCAUAAUACAGUUUUUUGGUUUUUUUUGCUUUGCAUGAGCCUGAACGUUUAAGAAGUGCUGGGGGCCUUAGCUAUCGUUAAUCUUGGUUGUAUUUGUGCUUUUGGAAGUUUGCAUUAUGUGUGCAUUUUAAAGGUGUUCUGAUAUAUUUUCCUCCCCUAAAGAAUUUGACACCUUUUUUUUUGUAUAUGUUGUCCUUAUACAGAUGUUAGAGACUGCUUGAUGGAAUUGUUUAAGGGCUGUUUUGUUUUUUUUAAAGAGUGUUUGAGACAUUAUUGUGAAUUAAACAGUGUUGUUAUUUAGUGAAUAAACUUUGUGAUAUGAAAGGUUGCUUUUUUAAUCAAAAUGGUCUUUUAAAAAAAAAAAACACCUUUAACAAAACAUUCCUUACUUUGUGAUGGGGCCCCAAGAUGUAACUAGGUUGGGCAAUGGCACAAACUUUUCUUCAUAGCUGUAAAUUUUAAAUAAUUUUAAUUAGGAAUUCUGUGCAUUUUAGAUUACUCCCCUACAAUAAUAUUGUUCUGCAUAUUCAUUGUGGCAUUGUAUAAACAGCUUUAUUUUCAGGGGAAAUAGUUUGUAAAACGCCCAAGUGAUUACAUUCUAAAAAUAAACUAUUCUACAUUCUUUAAACUGACAGGUCAGGAUAGGAACGUGUUUGAUGUUGCAUCCACUAGGGGGCACAGCCAAUCAACAGGGUUUUUUAGUAGUUCAGUUUAAUUGCAUUUGUAACAUAUUUAAGAUUCAGAGUCAAUGAGAUGUUUGCUCCUGGUGCAAUGAAAGUACAGAAUGUUUGUCCCGGUCACUUGAAAAGAGAAAAAGGGAAAAAGCAGCCAGUGCUGUAGUUACACUGUAGUGUUUUUUUGGAAGGUUGUUACUGAGGUUUGCUAACGUCACUUUAAUAAAGUGAAUUUCAUUAUUCCCUCCUAAUGUCAUUUUUCAUAUUUCUGCAUCAUUUCUGAGUUUUCAAAUGCCAAAGGUUAGGUCACACAGCUCAAAUUCUAUUCUCAAAAUUGGGCUACUAAAAAAAAGUUUUGCUAGUCUAGGUUAUAAAGAGUUUUAUAUGUCAAGCAUAUUUAGUGGCUUAGUGCUUUUUCAAAUUUUUUGUAAAUGUUUGUUUUUGCAUUACUUUUUAUCCAU